AGUUUCUACAUAAGUGACACGGAAACCCUCUGCACGAGUUAAGCGAAGCUACACCUCAAGUUUAUUAAUGCCUCGGGUUCUUGCUGCUGGCUCUGGGAAGAGUCUGAGCACGCACAGCAGACUGAUCCCCGACAAGGUGACAGGGACUAACCUAACGCCCUCCUCGUUGGUCCUAGUAACCACACAGAGUAGAAACGCGGGCGAAGGCAGGAGUUGGAGGGGGCGCCCACGCGGAGGCUGCCGGGAAGUGCAGUGAGCAAAGGCGGCGGGGCCAUGGAAACUGAACUGGAGAAGAGCGGGUUCUCGGAGUUAAAAGCGAGAGAGAAGAAUGGCAUUGAAGCAGAUUUCCAGCAACAAGUGCUUUGGGGGAUUGCAGAAAGUUUUUGAACAUGACAGUGUUGAACUGAACUGCAAAAUGAAAUUUGCUGUCUACUUACCAUCAAAGGCAGAAACAGGAAAGUGCCCUGCACUGUAUUGGCUCUCAGGUUUAACUUGCACAGAACAAAAUUUUAUAUCAAAAUCUGGUUAUCAUCAGUCUGCUUCAGAACAUGGUCUUGUUGUCAUUGCUCCAGAUACCAGCCCUCGUGGCUGCAAUAUUAAAGGAGAAGAUGAGAGCUGGGACUUUGGCACUGGUGCUGGAUUUUAUGUUGAUGCCACUGAAGAUCCUUGGAAAACCAACUACAGAAUGUACUCUUAUGUCACAGAGGAGCUUCCCCAACUCAUAAAUGCCAAUUUUCCAGUGGAUCCCCAAAGGAUGUCUAUUUUUGGCCACUCCAUGGGAGGUCAUGGAGCUCUGAUCUGUGCUUUGAAAAAUCCUGGAAAAUACAAAUCUGUGUCAGCAUUUGCUCCAAUUUGCAACCCUGUACUCUGUCCCUGGGGCAAAAAAGCCUUUAGUGGAUAUUUGGGAACAGAUCAAAGUAAAUGGAAGGCUUAUGAUGCUACCCAUCUUGUGAAAUCCUAUCCAGGAUCUCAGCUGGACAUACUAAUUGAUCAAGGGAAAGAUGACCAGUUUCUUUUAGAUGGACAGUUACUCCCUGAUAACUUCAUAGCUGCCUGUACAGAAAAGAAAAUCCCCGUUGUUUUUCGAUUACAAGAGGGUUAUGAUCAUAGCUACUACUUCAUUGCAACCUUUAUUACUGACCACAUCAGACAUCAUGCUAAAUACCUGAAUGCAUGAAAAACUCCAAAUAAGAGAAUCUCUUCAGGAUUAUAAAAGUUGUAAAAUGCAACUGUAUUGCUGAGCAAAAAAAAAAAAAAUUCAAAACAUUGGAUUUUAUAAUGCUAAAAGGGCUUUAUUCUAUAGUGGAAUCACCUCUGAAUAAAGAUAUAAAACCUA